GAUCAAAGUGCUCUCACCAACACAUUCGCCAUGCCUCCGUCUCAGCUCAAGCAGCUGAAGGCCUCCCUCCGUGAUAGUGGUGUUUUGGGGCCUCAGCAAUCAAAGAAACAAAAACGUCAGAACGCUCAAUCUGGUGCGAAUGUGCAAAAUCGAAUCAAGAGGAAUGCGGCGCUGCAGGCAAUCAGAGACCGGUUCAAUCCUUUUGAGAUCAAGGCACCGGCUUCUCGUGGUAAAUUUGAUGUGACUACUAGAGACAACAAAGGGGCGACUGCGCCACGGGUGCGCCCCGGUGUCACCAAGUCCCUGGGCGAGGAAAGAAGACGCGCAACUCUCCUUCAAGAGAUGAACAAGAAGAAUAAAACCGGUGGUAUCCUCGAUCGUCGUUUUGGUGAAAAUGACCCCACCAUGACGCCGGAAGAGAGAGCCGCUGAGCGAUUCGCCAGAGAAAGCCAGCGGAAGUUGAGGAAAGAUUCGAUGUUCAACCUGGAGGAAGACGAAGAAGAGUUUCAGUUAACCCACGGAGGCCAAUCCCUGACCUUUGAUGGUGUGAACUUGGAUGAUUUUCAGGAUCGUGAACUUGAGGAGGACGACGACGAGAUGUCAGAUGGCGAAAUGUCGCGAAAACGAAAGCGCAUUUUCAACGAGGACGGCGAGUUGGAAGAGGUCCCUGAGAAGGAAGGGGAUGAGCAGCCGGAUCGCAAGAAGUCGAAAAACGAGGUCAUGAAAGAGCUGAUCGCCAAAUCGAAAUUCUACAAGCAUGAACGACAGCAGGCCAAAGAGGAUGAUGAUGACCUGCGCGAGGAACUUGAUAAAGAACUACCUGAUCUUUUCGCGAUGCUGAGGGGCGUACCGGCGCCUGCCAAACCCGCUAACGAUAAGAAGGACCUCGAGUCAAUGAAUCCCGAGCGUGCGGCUUUGAUUGAAGGGAACUCGAAGGAACAUGCAGACAAGGAAUACGACCAACAACUGAAACAGCUUACGUUUGACAAGCGAUCAAAGCCAACGGAUCGGACCAAGACCGAGGAGGAGAAGGCGGAAGAGGAGGCGCAGCGCUUGAAAACUCUCGAAGAGGAGCGUUUGAGAAGAAUGCGUGGAGAAGAGCUAGAUGAUAGUGAUGAGGAACAAGAAGACAAGGAGGAGGAGGAAGAGGAAGAAGAUGAUGAUGACGAUGGCUCGGAUGAUGAGUCGAUUCCGGAUGAUGCUCUUGCCUUUGGUCUGCGCCAAACGACAACCCGUCCCGAACUUGGUGUGGAGGAUGAAGAUGAUUUUAUCAUUGAUGAUGAUCUUGUGGAAACGAGAUCGGAUGUCAGUCUCUCAUUCAUUGAGAGCGAUGAAGACAUGUCUGGAGAGGAACCUGGGGAGUCUUCAGAAGAAGAGGAGGAGGAGGACGAAUUGAUCAAUGGAUUUACCACACCAGCCCAAGGUGACGAAGACGCAAAUCCUAGUGGGAUUGCUUUCACCUUCCCUUGCCCCGAGGAUCACGAAUCGUUCCUCCAGAUACUGGAAAAGGUUGCUGUAGAGGACCUACCAACAGUCAUCCAAAGAAUUCGUGCGCUGCACCACCCCCGCCUUCACAGCGACAACAAGGCAAAACUGGGUCGUUUCUCGGCAAUCCUCGUCCAGCAUGUUGCCUACCUCGCGAAUCAACCAGAGCACCCCCCGUUUGCCAUCCUCGAGAAUAUCCUGCGGCACAUCCAUUCGAUGUCCAAGGUCUACCCGGAUAAAGUUGCGAUGGCGUUCAGGGACCAUCUUCGUGAGAUGUCUAUAUCUCGGCCUUUGAACCCUCUGCCGGGUGACCUGAUCAUCUUGACCGGCGUUUCGACCAUCUUUCCGACUUCGGAUCAUUUCCAUGCCGUCGCCACUCCGGCCCAUCUCUCUAUCGCUCGGUACUUGGAACAAGGCUCCGUUGACACCCUUGCAGAUAUCUCCAUUGGCGCGUAUGCUGCAAGUUUGUGCCUUCAGUACCAGAUGAUUUCGAAGCGCUAUAUCCCUGAAUUCAUGAAUUACGUGCUGAACGCGCUGUGCAAUCUGUCACCCGAGGAGCCAUCAAAGAGCCUUGGGUUUUUCCCGUUGAGGAAGCCUCAGGAAUCUCUGCGACUGACAUCCAAGUCCGCCAAACAUCGAAAGAUGCAAUUCUGGGAUAUUCUAGGGUCCGAGUCCAAGGAAGAGUUGAAAGUCGCUCUCAUCGCGACCUUUGUGAGCCUGCUCAACUCUGCGGCCGAACUCUGGGCUGCAAAGUCCGCGUUUGCAGAGAUCUUUACCCCAGCUCUCAGGCUGCUCAAGCAUCUCAAGAAAUCGAGUAAGGGUAAGCAGCUCCCCUCUGAUGUGCAGGAUAGCCUGCAGGUCACGCUCGACAAGCUGGAGCAGCUGCUUUCGCAAGCCCGCUCGAAUCGCAGGCCCUUGCUUUUGCACAACCACCGGCCGCUAGCGAUCAAGACGUCGAUCCCCAAGUUCGAGGAAAACUUCAACCCGGACAAGCACUACGAUCCGGACCGCGAGCGUGCCGAGUCGAACCGGCUCCGAGCCGAGUACAAGCGCGAGCACAAGGGGGCGAUGCGGGAGCUGCGCAAGGACGCCAACUUCAUUGCGCGCGAGAAGCUGCGGGAGAAGAAGGAGCGCGAUGCCGAGUACGAGAAGAAGUACAAGCGGCUUGUGGCGGAGAUCCAGAACGAGGAGGGCCGCGAGGCGAAUGCCUACGAGCGGGAGAGAAAGAUGCGCAAAGGGAAGCGGUAG